AUGAAGGCAUUUUUGUUUGUCCUGUUGGCGCUUUUCGCUAUCGCAUAUGCUGAUGACGUACUCGUCGCAAGCAACAACGCCGGCGCUGAUACAGUGCAAGUAGUGGACAACAAUCCCGAUCAAGUACAAGUUGUGGAUAAUAAUGGUUAUCAAGUUCCCGAUAUUAGACCUGAAUUCGUACAGCCCGAUUAUAUCGUUCCAAGAUCAUAA